UAACUAUUAGGAUCAGGCACGAUCAGGUACAACAUGUAUUUAUUUUGUACUUUCAUACUUUUAUAAUAUGACUUGACAGCUUAAUCAGACAAGGAUUUUUCCAAUAUGACAAAUUUUCCAAAAUAAAUUUUGAUUAAAUUAAACUCUAAAUUGUUUUUUAAUAACAUAUUAAAGUAAAUCUAGAUUAAAUAUAAACGUAAAUUAUGGAAAUAUUUAAAAUUUAAUUAAUUUUAAUACUUACUUGAUUCAAUUUUAGUAUUUUUUUGACAAUCAUAUGACAUUUAUUCUAUGGGAAUAAACAAUGCGUUAAAGUUUUUGACAGUUAUCAUUAUAUAUUUACGAAAACGAAAUUUAUGGUGAAAGUUGCUAUUUAGUUGCUAAAUAGAUAUUUUAUCAAGACAUCCACAAAUUUUUUUACUCAUCAUUUUCCAAUGGAGUAAAUAAACAGUUCUGAAGUUUAAAAACUUUGUUGCAUUAAUUUAGCUUUAAUGGUCAUUGUCCUCAUUAUCAACAAACAAUAAAUAAUGGAAGGUGCAUAUAAUAACAUAGAACUGGGAUGGAUAGACCAUACGAAUUCAGCAUGGGCAUUAAAGAACAGUGAUAACAUUGCCAAUAGAGAUCUUGUGCAGUCAAUGUAUGAUGUUCUUCUUCAAAGCAAGGAAAUAAGGAUCAUUCCUUCUAAUGGGUCAUCUUAUAGUGACAUUCAAGUACUGCCUAGCUUUCAGUUUGAUCCGUUAUCAACAAACGAUUUAAAUCAUUAUAUUACAUCUUUAUUAACAUCCCAGUUACAAUUAGCCAAAGAAGUAUGUUCAUCAACACAGUUUUCUGUUAUCUUGAAACAAAGGCUGUUAAUUUUAAAAAGGAUAUAUUAUGGAUUACUAAUGAAAUACCAUGAUAAAGAAAAAACAGAUAGUACUACUAGUGAACCUAGUACUAGCACUAGUGCGAUGUCUUUGGCUCCCAGAGAGGUAGUAUCAGGUUCACAAGCACUUUUGGAAGUAGGUGUAAAAACAGGUCUUAGUUUACUGUUCUCUCUACUACAACAGAACUGGCAAGUCAGUGGAAUUCUUGGCAUUCCAUCACUGUGCAACUCCGUUCUGGAAACAGCUGUAGGGUUAAUUGAUAGACUUCCACCAUUGUGUCUUUCUAAUGAAUCCCAACUUACAAAUUUGGGUAUAAGUAGCUUAGAUCAAGUUUGUUCUUUUUUAAAAACUGCAGUUUUGUUGGAAAAUGCAGCCGACAAGAAUGGAAAGUUGCUUUGUUGUGAAAUACUUUUAAGUUUAGCCUUACAAAGAGGUUCUUUACGAUACCUUCUUGAAUGGAUAGAUAUGGCAUUAGAUGCGUCUUGUAAAGAGCCUAUACUUAAGAGCAAGUUAGCGAAGAAAGCAAUAUCUCAACUUGAAAGUCACAAAAAAUGUAAAGAUAAAGUUUUCACAGACCGAGCUGAUGACGAAAUGGGGGUAUACACUGCUGCUUUAUUUCUGAUGGAGAUUUUGGUGUCUAUGGCAACUGAUGAUGGUGGUGCUGGGACUUUAGAAACAGAUGCAAACUUGGGAGUCUAUGAAAAAUGUGAAGUAUAUGUUUGGGGAAGCAAUUCAUCCCACCAGCUAGCAGAGGGCCACCAUGAAAAAAUAUUGAUGCCUAUCAAUUCAAAGAUAUUUAGUCAAGUGCAACAGAUUGAGGCUGGUCAGUAUUGCACAUUUGCCAUUCACUGGGACGGAUUUGUCACUGCCUGUGGAAAAGGUAGCUAUGGUCGUUUGGGCUUAGGAGAAUCAGCAAACCAGUGCCUUCCAAAACGAAUAUUGUUGGAUCCUGUUGUUAAAAAAUUAUCUAGUUCAAAAGGCAGUGAUGGCCAUACUUUGGCCUUAAUGGAAAAUGGACAAGUCUAUAGCUGGGGUGAUGGAGACUAUGGGAAGCUGGGGCAUGGAAAUUGUGCAACACAUAAACAACCAGAGAGAAUAGCUGGACCUUUUUUAGGAAAAACUAUUAAAUUUAUCAAUGCAGGUUACAGUCAUAGUGCAGCUAUUACAGACGAUGGAAAACUUUACACAUGGGGUGAGGGAGACCACGGAAGGCUAGGCCAUUUAGACAGUAACGCCAGGCAUAUUCCAACGUUGGUCCAGGAUUUGGCCAAUGUAGAAGUCGGUAGUGUAGCCUGCGGCAGCUCGCACACAUUAGUUGUUUCAAAGGAUGGUCAAACUGUGUGGUCUUUCGGAUCUGGAGAAAAUGGAAAACUAGGACAUGGUGAAAUUGCUAAGGUUUAUAAACCAAAAAUAAUAGAAGCGUUACAAGGAUUGGUUAUACAGAAAGUGUGCGCUGGAAAUUCUUUUUCUGUAGCAUUGACUACUAUGGGACAGGUGUACACAUGGGGAAGUGGACCGAUUUUGGGUAUGGGUUCUGCAGACGCAAUUUGCUUGAGACCACUUCUUGUUGAGGAUUUAACACCGUACAGAAUAAUUGACAUAUCGGCAGGAGGUACGCAUUGCCUCGCUCUUAGUGACGAAAAUGUUGUGAUCGCUUGGGGAACCAACAGCAUGGGACAGUGUGGCCAGGGACAUGUCACAACUCCGAUAACAAGGCCUGUUAAAGUUAAAGGUUUAGAAGGAGUGCCUAUAAGGCAGAUUAGUGCCGGUACAUCUCAUUCUAUCGCAUGGACUUCCACUCCUGCGGAAAACCCCCACGCAACAAAACACCGACCGUUUUGUUUAGAUUUACACGAGAACACUUUUGGAUCCUUGAAAGUAUUUUUAGAGAAGUAUACAGUCAGUUUUAAGUACACUGCGCCUCCGCAGCCGUUUAAAACGGCCGAAGAGCACCAACGGUUUGUCUUAUUGACGUUAAAGCUUCUAUGUACACAUUUGAAUUUGUGUAUAAAUGGAAAUUUAAGUACUAGUGUUUUGAAUACUCAUGCCAAAGCUCUACGAGCUGUAUUAUUUAGGUUAGUUGAUAUUGAUGCACCUUCAGAUAUACACAACACUGCCAGAGAAGUCCUGAAUAUUGGGGCUCCUCUUCUUCUACCCCAGUUAAACGAGAGGGUAGAAUUCCUGCACCUGCAUUUAUCUAGUGGCAAUCAAUUGACGCAAGGUCAACAGAUGCUUCUAGGAAUUAUUUUAAGUAGUUUAGAAGAUCCCAUACAUGUAGCUGCGUUAUUAGGUUAUAGUAGUACUCCGGAAAAAGUAGAAGACUUGAAAUUAACUGGGAUGCUUAUGCACACUCUGCUAAAAUCAUUCACCAAAAAUACGGAGGAAACUCUGCAGAGCAUUUUGAACUAUAUGUCCAUUACUACCAAAUUAAAAUGGCAAAGCCCCGGAAAUUCGAAAAUCUACAAUCUCCAACGACUUCUUUCCUCCCUUCAAGACCACAUGCUAGCUCACUACACAACUUCAUUGAAACAUAAGUUCACCUUCCAAGAAAACGACCUGUUUCUAAGUCACGUAUCUCACGUGUUCCAAUUUGCCAUAAAAAUACUGAAGAGGGCCGCUAAUAUACUUAUAAUGUAUCCGUCUAGUUUAGAAUUGCUGUACAAUGUUCUGUUAGAAUCGGCUACUGGAGCUAUGCUGUUUAAAAUAUUGAAUUCUCUUCUACUCAUACCAGCAGCGUAUAUCAAAAACAUGUAUCCGCUUUUGUUGGAAUUAAUGGAUCCCAUAGAUAAAUUCAAUCAAUUGCUGCCAAGAGAAUUGCUGAGGGGAGAGAAAAAUUCUUCCAGAAGCGAAACUCCCACUUUGGAUCAAUUGGCCGAACAAUCCUGGGUGUGGAUAGUCGAUCUACAGAAAACCUGCUCACUGGUCGUCGGCCAUUGCCUGGGAGGCAUGCUAGUAGGCGACCAACCAACCUACUACGAAAAUCUUUGCCGGCACUGGCUUUCCAAUGAAAUAUUCUCUUCCGGUUUAGAGAACGAAACUAUCGAUCUAGAAGCUCUAACAGAAUUGUCCUACCAAGCAACGUCAAAAAACUCGGAACAGAUUUUAAUUACUUUAGACAAGUUACCUUCACCCGUCGAAAGCCUUUGCAAGGUGGUAUUUGAACUUCCUUGUCAAUACGACGAGGCUUGCGCAGUACCUCCGGAUGAAUUAAAAACCAGCAACGCAUUUUACAACAAAUUAAUGGAAGAUAUAGAAAUAGAACCGUGGGAAUUUGACGAAGAAGACAAGAACGUUUUGGAUAGCGUUACCAAAUGCUAUUUAAUGACAUUGUUAAUACACACGCGGUUAAUACACAAGCCUUCCUCCCAUCCUGCAGUGAAGGAGGUUUACAGGAAUGUUUUAAAUUUAAGACAAAAGAUGAUUGGUCUGAUCUACUGCGAUGAGUACAAAGACGAACUCAUCGGAGACAAGGACGCUGAGAAUGAGCAGUCCGAAAAUGUUAAUGCCAAAGACGUAGUAUCUGUGGACGAGGAAUAUAAUUUUAAAUCUUUUUGCCAAGGAAUUCUGAAAAGGUCGUUAUUCAUGUUAUUAUUUGUUAAAAACAUACAUGUGGAAAUUUCUCUCUCAUCGUCUCAUUCGGAAUCGGAGGAAGGAGAAACUGAAAAAGCAUACGUCGAAUAUUAUAAAGCACAUAAAGAUUCAGCGUCGUUGAACGAUCUUCGGAAAAUCUGCCACUCUUUACAAUGUUUUGUAAUGAAUGAGUCUACAGAUAAAAAUAGAACGGGCAUGACGAGAGAGAAGGGCUGGUGCACGGAUCCAAAAGUUCUUUACGCAGCUCUAAUACAACAAAAGGAACGAGCAUUGUUUAGGUUAGAAAGUUUAGAACAACUGUUGUUCCACUUGGCAAGCAGAGAGAUGUCCUUAACUGUGAUAAACUGUAUACAGCAGCAACUUCUGGAAGGCUCUUUUGGUUUUUGUAAUAUAAAGAGUGAUGACUCUUGUACCCAAUUACAUCACUAUUUGGAAGGAAUUCAAUCCGCUCCUCUAGAUGUUCAAGAAAAGAUUAGAACGGCUGUACACGGUAUAUAUCACUAUUUGACACUCUCACUGAAACGACAGGUAUUGAGCCAUUCGGAAAAUAAACAUUUCUUGCUUACUACGAUUUUUUCUUUAAGUGCCAGAUAUCAUGCCAAUGACUUGCCAAUUGUCAUAAAUAACGAUUUGAUGCAGCUCUUGAUGAGAUUUAUUAAUUUUAACUUGGAUUGUCCUAAAUUGUACGACAAAUCCGACAUUUUAAGUAUCGCUGCUUUGAGACUGACUCGAAUAUUAGCAAUAUCUUGUUGUGCGCAUUCCAAGAAGUUAGACAUGUCAACUCUGGAAAACGUCAUUAACAUUUUAUAUGAUCAUUUUGCUCAAACUGUGGUUUCCAAAUGCUGUGAAAACUCGACGAACCCAACCACUUUUGCUCCGGAUGGAGUAAGGAAUCUUGGUGAUUUCUUGCUGUUUUUAAGAAUUAUUAGUUCGAGUCAUGCUAUACAAAAGCUAUUGGCUUCCAAAGACUGGAUAUAUACCUUACUUGGUACGUUGGAAAAUGCCAGUCCUUAUACUAAUUAUUCAGAACAGAUUAAAACGUUGAGGCCGAAGUUAUUGAUUUUGCAGGUUCUGCAAGUUAUUUUGCCAGGUUUACAGUCUGUUCAUAUUGACGACGAUCUAAGAAAAUAUAUCAUUAACAAAUUGUUUAAUCAGAUUAGUCGAGAAGUUUGGAAUAUAUCUAAAAAUGCAGAUGGAACAACAAGUUGUGAUUUUUGUGAUAGUAACAUAUUAGAUAAUAGUCUUUUUAAAGAAGGUGAAGGAAACGUACCUGUACAUGACAUGGGUUUUGAUGCUGAAAAAUGUUACAAUUGUACUAUAGAAGGUAAUUUGACCCUAGUUCACGGUACAGGAGGUAGAGGUUACGGUUUGGGACUGCAGGCAAUAAGUUCAGGGUGCUAUCAAUGGAAAAUACUUAUAGUAAAGGAGAAUAGAGGCAAUGAAGGUACGUGUAUCGGGGUCUCAAAACACCCCGUUAAAGAUUUUAGUCACAGGUCCACCAACGACAUGUGGUUGUAUAGAGCUUACAGUGGGAGUUUGUAUCACAAUGGCGAAAGAGACAUGAGCUUCCAAAGCUAUACACAAGGUGACUACAUUACUGUCGUACUAGAUAUGGAUGCGAAAACGUUAAGUUUUGGAAAAAACGGCGAAGAGCCUCGGGUAGCUUUUGAAAAUAUAAAUGCUACUGAGCUUUACCCAUGCGUCAUGUUCUAUAGCACCAAUCCUGACGAAAAAGUGAAAAUAACUGACAUGAGAGUUCAUGGUACUCAAAGGGACCUGUUGCCUGGUGAACCUAACCUGGCUCCAUUACACGCCGUUCUUGUCGAAUUUUACAUUACGCUUAUUAGGAGGUUGCACGUGUCUCCGACAUGGACGGAAGACGUGAACCAAGCUUUAAUUACAAGACUGAAUAAAAUUGAAAAUUAUUUCCCAGUGAUCGACACCCACAACAUAGAAGACGAUGUGGGACUGACGCAAGAGAAAAUAAUCGAACUGAAGUCAGAAAUACAAACUAAUGAAUUAUGUGAUAAUGUUUGGUCAGCACUCGUGGUGAUCGCAGGCCAAGAUCAGGGUAUGCGAAUGGGAGGUGUAUGCAAACACAAAACCACUGGAAAAAAGGCAAUAGUUCUCGGUAUCCUCAAAAAAGGUAUCACAACUGUGAACGUUCAAUGGGAAUCAGACGGAGGAGUGUCUGACGUUUCACUCUCCAAUUUAGAGUUUGUUGAACCUGUGCCUUUCGCUAUAAACAAGUUUACUGGCGUAGCGCCCAAAGUGUUACUCCAAAUAGCAAGACUGAGCGGCAUCACCAAUGAAAUAUCUAUGCCGGUGUUCGAUCUUACGGAAGAUGAACAAUUAUUGUUGUAUCCGAAUAGGGCACAGAAGCAUCCUGUACCGGAACAGUUAAGAUGCAGUUCAGACUCACAGAUUCACAACCAAAACCCGAACGAUCGACCCAGAACAAUGGAGUCCCUCACAAAUGAAAUUGUGUCCAGCAUAAUGGGCGAAGUUAAAAGAUUAAGCACAGAAAAAGUAGCUGGUUCUCAGAGCGAGUCGAAGAUAGUAGACGGUGGAGAUGCAAAAACGAUAGACGACAGUGAAGCUUUACAAACGAGUCUCUUAGAAAAGCGUUUACUCGAUCUCGAAGAAGAAACUCUCAAACUCACAUUCCUUCAGUUUGCUGCUUUGAAAGUUUUAGGCAUAUUUAUAACAUCUUCGUCAUUUACGGAACUCUUUCUAUCUAACGCUACAACGCAAUCUGACGAUAUUGACUGCUUGAGGAAAAUUAUGAAUGCUGUUGUCGAAAAAAGUAUAGAUCAAUGCAAAUUGGGUCAUAUUAUAAUGACUGCUGAUGUCGAACGUGCACAAUCACUAUUACAUAUGAGUUUUAUUAAAAGCCGGACAUCUGAAGAAACGAAGAACAUACCUCAAAACGUCGGUGAUUUGGAGAAUUCUGCCAUCAGCUUACCUGUUACGAAUCCUCUAAACGAAGGUUCCAACUCAAAUGAAUCUGUACAAGAUUUACUGCUAAAACCAGUUAGACCCAAUAAUUCACUUCCUAAACCACCAUCUUCAUUAAGUGUACAUGGGAGCGGUUUUCCAUAUUUACCUUACGAUGCUACUCAUUCAUCAUCCCUAGCUGCUGGAAUAACUCUACCAAGCGAUUCUGUCAGAAGUAGGCUCUUUUUUGGCUCCGAGUCUGAGGAAAACGUUUGGAGAUCGUAUAAAAUUCCCUCUAGUUCUCCUCCUCCACCACCGAUAGCAACCCCGCUACUAGAAAUGGGAUUUACCAUAAAACAUAUUCAAAAGGCUCUACAAGAAACGAAAUGUACCGGAGAACUCAACGCCCACACCGUCAAUACUUUAGCUACGUGGAUGUUGGAACAUCCCUUUUUGGACAUUUGUGAAGAUCGAGGCGUUUUGUUGAGAUUUAGGGAGAGGUCUCGCGCUUUGGCUAGGCCUCAAAGUUUGGAGAGUUCUGAUAUCGAGUUUAUUCAAAGAAGAGGUUUAGGUCCAAGGAGGCGAGCCUUCCUAGAGCACUUCUUAGAGCGUGUUGAUAGAGCUUCCCACGAUAGAGUUCGAGAGAGACAACACGUGAGAGGCGAAGCUCAUCCCUUGUUAAGAAAUUCAUCAGUUGAAGACUCAAGCAGCGAAAAUGCUACUCCUACAUGUACUGACGCUACAGAAAUUCUUAAAAUUCAUAAAAAUUCUUCAUACGUCAAUGUCGAAAAUAACUGCGCUAUUUGCCCAUACUGUAAGCAUCUGUCGCCAUAUCUGGAUGCACAUCUGAUAUCCUAUCAUCCAGGUUGCAAUACAUUGUGGGGACAAGGAGUGUGUGGGUACUGUACAGACGGAUACUACAUCCUCUGCUACAAAUGUAAAAAUAAAUAUUUAAACACCAAUAAAUCUGACAACUACCUUCAUCUACAAGCUCCCGAUAUUAUUUUCAGUGAAGAUAACAUGACAGAAGCUGAUAUUCAGCUAACUAAGCUAACACUUCCCAACUGUGACGAUGCAGAGCUGAUGGCAAAAUAUUUGGGAAUGAACGAUUUGAAACAUUCAGUUGAAACGUUUAGUUUAAGCAGAUUUGAUCCUUUAGGGGCCAACGCUGUUCCGAAAAUGACCAGCGAUAAGGAAGAUAAACCUGAAAAUAGAGAUAAGUCGGUAGGGAAUCAAGCUAUGAUGCUAGGUUCUUCUUUUGAGAGAAUUUUAGCUCUAAAACACUUAACCAUUUCCGCGCAUAUACUUCUCUCUAGAACCAUAAUCCUCAAAGUACUAUCAAUUCUUUCACUGAACACAAACUAUGCUUCGUUGGUUAGCUGCUUAGAAUCUAUAGGAUUGUCGGAUAUAACGAAAGUCGUCCGUUUAAUGACUUUGACUGCCAUGAACCGUGUUGAAAUUAACAAUAUAAGUAACGAAGACUUUCCAACCUUCCAACUACCUAAGGCAUUCUCUCAACUAAUAACUAACUUAUCUAGCGCCGCUAGCAACUGUUUGAGCUACUUAAGUGUCAGCAUUGCAGCUCUUGCUCAAAACGAGAUCAGUUCUUCAAACCUGGUGGUGAAUAUGUGUACGAAAGAUCUUAUAAUGUACGCUCUUGGAUAUUCCGCACCCAAACCAGGUUAUGCUGUAACCCAAGCUUUGGUAAACAUACUGUCUACGCACGGUGGCUGUUCUUUGAUGGAUAUACCUAAAGAGGAAAUUGCGCAAAGCUCUCAAUCAGAAGCUAAAGCUAUUGGACCUCUUACUUUGGUUAACGCAUUGUCCGCGUUUAUAUUGUCCAAUAAACUUUGUGAUAAUAGUAAACUAUGGGCUGCGCAGCAGUUGUUUAAGUGUCUUGCCACCAAAAUUCAAAUGAUGAGUGGAAGUAAUUCUAAUCAAGUAAAUUACGCUGACUUAUCUGGUUUCAUGCCCAAUCAAACUUCGGUGUAUAUGGAAGCACACGAAAACAGAGUAUCAUGUCUUGCUUGGCAUGAACAAGGACAGCUACUGGCUUCAUGUGGUUACGACGGAACCGUCAGGUUAUGGACAGUUGAACCUAAAAAGACACCAGUCCUCGAUUCUACUCUAGUAUUUCAUAUGUCUACAGAUGUUUUCGGAAAUGAGUUACUAGGUCAUCUAAUUGGUCAUCUGGAAUGGUCGCCAACGGGCUUAUAUAUUGCAGCUGCUCUUAACAAUAUCAUCAAUAUUUGGCCUUUGAAAAAGUCCGAAAACACUAAUAGCUAUAGCGAUUGGUUCAUUGAUGAUCAAAAAGAUUUUAUACUUCAAAUGAAAUGGCCCAAAAAUAAAGGAAAGCAUAUACAGGAUAAGGAUUAUCUAUUAGUUGGAAAACUUCACGGUUCAGUGUCUCUGAUUACAGUAACUGAGGGUAAUAAGCAGGUGGAAGAACUUCAAAACUUUUCGAUGCCCGUAGCUGUUGGCCACAUUGACUGGCAUCAAGAAGACGGACCAUUUGCAGUUGCUUACCUUGAUGGAACAAUAAAGCUAGGUUGGAUCGAAAAAGAAUCUCAUAUAGUCGCUUGCAAAGCCCACGAGACUGGCAUCAAUAAUAUAAAAUGGGAUCCCAGAGGAAUUCUUCUCGCUUCCAUUUCUCCGGACAACACCUGUAAAAUAUGGAAACUAUCAAACGACAAACUUGUUCUUUUACAUAUGUUAAUUGUUUCUCAUAAACCUACUAGUCUGCUUUGGUCUCCUCUGGUCGGCGAAGGCCCGACGCCUUUGCUUAUAGCUAUUGGUACUGAUUAUGGUACCGUGAACGUCUGGAAGUUGCCAAACGAAGAAAACAAACAUAACAAAGUUCCUGUUCUAGUCAUGAACGCUCAAGGCCAUCCUAACAACAGUGUCUCUAGUCUAAGCAUAGAUAAAACCGGUUUGUUGCUCGCAAGUGGUUGUCUAGAAGGGCUUGUUGGAGUCGUGAAUAUUUGGUCUCUACAUGAUGGAAGUCUUGUACAUACUCUAACAGGAAAUGGAGGCGUCUACUCCAACGGCAUGUGCUGGUUAGACCCCAACCACUACCUCUCAGUAGCCUUCAGCAGAUCAAAAACAUUUUACAUACUUAACUAUAGCUCCCAGGACCUUAUGAAGAACCUUCCUCUUGCUUCGGUAAGAUGUACACUGAUGAAAAAAGGAGUCCGUGGAUUGAAAUCGGCACCGUACUUUAAAGUUUUCGCAGAGUUACUACCCACAAUGCUUCGCGAUCAGUAUAACGCCGAGAAACUCACCGUUCAAACGGGGGCACAUCUUAUGCAUUCAGUUUACCUCAAAAGUUUAGCCUCGGUAGCACUUUUGUUGGACUUGGACAAAGUUGUUUGCUACAAAAUACGUCCAUUUAACAACAAGAUUGAUUCUGAAAUUAUUCCAGAUAUGUUUUGGUUGCAUACGUUCAGUUUGGCUACCAAAAUGGCCGAUAAUUUGAUCAAGAGAACCGAGUUAAGUGAAGAUGUUAUUAAUUUGAGUAAAAUUUUGGACGAAGAUGUCCAACCGUCUGCGAUACAAAAUAUGGUUUGGAGUUUGAAGCAAGACGAACAGAUAAUGCAAUGGUCAGCUCAGAGGCCACAGGAUUGGCAGUUUGGUGGUAAAUGCAAAGCCUAUCUCUGGGGUUCAGACCGCCACGGUCAGCUAGCAGAACUAGGCUACAGUGCAUCCAUUCCGGCACAAGUAGAAUCAUUUUCGAUUGCCAGAAAGAUUGUUUGUGGUCAAAACUGCACAUUCGUCAUCGAGGCCAACGGAACAGUUUUGGCGUGCGGUGAAGGCAGCUAUGGACGACUAGGACAAGGGAAUUCAGACGAUUUGCAUUCGCUGAGCGUUAUUUCCAGUCUACAAGGUUUCGUUAUUGUGGACUUAGCUACGAGCGUUGGUUCCGAUGGACACAGUUUGGCUUUGGCUGAGAGUGGAGAAGUUUUCUCUUGGGGAGAUGGUGAUUAUGGAAAAUUGGGUCAUGGUAACAGUGACCGCCAGCGAAGACCACGCCAAAUCGAGGUUCUUCAAUUCGAAGAAGUUGUACAAGUGGCGUGCGGAUUCAAACAUAGUGCCGUGGUUACACGAGAUGGAAAACUAUUCACUUUCGGCAACGGAGAUUACGGCAGACUCGGCUUAGGUUCAACAUCCAACAAAAAAUUACCAGAGAGAGUAACCGCUUUAGAGGGGUACCAGGUUGGUCAAGUAUCUUGUGGAUUGAACCACACUGCUUGCUUGUCUACUGACGGGUUAAGUGUUUGGACAUUUGGAGAGGGUGAUUAUGGGAAGUUAGGUUUGGGAAAUGUUCUUACAAAGUCUAUUCCCCAACUAGUGGAAACCAUGUGCAAUGUGGGACUGAAAAAGGUCGGAUGCGGAACUCACCUCACCGUUUUUCUUACUAAUUCUGGUCAGAUCUACGUAUGUGGUGUCGAUAGAGUUCCUUGGCAAACGCACGUUCGAGAACGAUCAGUUUGUCUGCCUUACCAACUCUCUGUUCUAACUGACUAUUUCAUCGAAGAUUUUGCAGUCGGAACCGAGCAUUGUCUUUUCUUAAGCACUUGCGGCAAGGUGUUUGGAUGGGGAAUGAACACCGAAGGUCAGCUGGGAUUACCCCAUGUUUCUCUCGUCAGAGAACCGGAGAUAAUAGGUGAACUUUCUAAUAAGGGUAUCAAACAAAUCUCCACUGGAAGGACACAUAGCGCCGCUUGGACGUCGGUUCCACCUCCAGUAAAUUCACCAAGAUACACCAAUUCUUUAAGCUUUGGCCUGCCAUCGGAAAUACCUCCCCAAUACGAUCACCUUCAAGGAUUAUCCAUAAAAUCUAUUCAAUCGAGGUUGAAAUUUUUAUACAAUUUCUCAGAUAAACUAUAUUCUUGUUGGACUUUAAUGCCAUUGAGUGCCCAACAGAAUGAUCUACAAAUUCCACCUUUGGAAGGACUAGUUUCUCCCAAGCUUAGGACAUUAUUGGCACCCAGAGUUUACACUUUACCGUUUGUGCGAUGUAUAGGUAAAACUAUGGUACAGGGAAAGAACUAUGGACCGCAAAUAACAGUGAGAAGGAUAUCUCAAGAAGGUCGCAAGUGUAAACCAAUAUUCGUUCAAAUAGCUAAACAAGUCGUCGAUAUAAUGCCAAACGAAAUGAGACUGCCAUCUAGAGCGUGGAAGGUGAAGUUAGUUGGGGAAGGCGCCGAUGAUGCAGGAGGUGUUUUUGACGAUACUAUUACGGAGAUGUGCCAGGAAAUCACCUCUGGAAUUGUCCCGUUACUAAUACCUACUCCAAAUGCAAUAAAUGACGAGGGAUAUAAUAGGGAUAAAUUUCUCCUCAAUCCUCAUUUGAAUUCACCACAAAAUAUGUCGUGGUUUAAGUUUUUAGGUAUAUUAUUUGGAGUGGCAAUCCGCACUAGAAAACCAUUAGCUCUACCUAUAGCACCAAUGAUAUGGAAACUGAUAGUUGGAGAGCCUUUAACGGUGGAGGAUUUAGAGGAUACGGAUUGUAUGUACAUCCAGAGCCUUAGAAGUAUUCGUGAUAUUCACCUUUCUGGUGUGACUGCCGAAUAUUUUCACGAUAUAAUUCCGUUGGAAUGCUUUGAGGGCAGGAGUUGUACAGGGAAGGUUGUUCCAAUAGUGCAUGGUGGUCGCAACAUUCCAUUGACGUUCGAAAACAGAACGCAAUACUACGAGCAGGCUGUGAAAUUUAGAAUGCAAGAGUUUGACAUGCAAAUAGCCGCCAUUCGAGAAGGAAUGGCGGGAAUAAUACCGGUUCCGCUUCUGUCAUUAGUCACUGCCGAUUAUAUGGAACAAUUGGUAUGCGGCAUGUCACACAUUUCGAUUUCUAUUUUGAGAAAAAUUGUUAGAUAUCGUGAAUUAGAUGAAAAUCAUCAACUCGUGCAAUGGCUGUGGAAUAUUUUAGAAAACUUUACAGAUAACGAAAGAGUUUUAUUUAUGCGGUUUGUAUCUGGUAGAUCAAGGCUACCAGCUAAUUUGGCUGAUUUAUCUCAGAGGUUCCAGGUUAUGAAGGUGGAUAAAGCACCAAACGGUUUACCAACAGCGCAAACAUGUUUCUUUCAACUUCGUUUGCCCCCUUACAAUAGCCAAGAAGUAAUGGCUGAGAAGUUGAGGUACUCCAUUAAUAAUUGCAAAUCCAUCGAUAUGGACAAUUACAUGUUGGCCAGAAACACUGAUCAAGGAAUCGGCUCUGAUGAUGAAUGGAACUGAAGGAUGUGACAUUUUAUAUAAGGCUGAAUUUGAUAGUUACUACAUAAUACAUGGUUAUCAAAGUUAUUUAUUGGAUUUUGUUUUGAUUUCAAAUGCAUUUGUCCCAUUUACUUUCAAUAAAAUGGAUUAAAUGUUUUAUUUA